UCAUGUGUUCUUGUGGCUCCACUCCUCUUUUGUUACUGUACUCGAUCCCAGGAUAGGAAUCUUCGGCUAUGAGCUCCAGAGCUACAAGCGACUCUUUAGCUUCUCUAGAGAGGCUUUAAAAAAAAUUGAUAUAGAUUGACAUAAAACAAGACUGGUCCAUAGAUGGCUGUUGAACUCCAUACUGUGAGUGAACCAGAUGGGAAUAAUGAAACCACUCAGGUUGCCACAAUGGGAGGCAAUAAACCUUUACACCGCUUCUUGAGGUGUCAACCCAAGAUCAUUGGGACUGUCGUACUGAUCAUUGGGGCAUCCUCGUUGAUUAUUGCCAUUGCCAUCACGUCAGACCCUCUACACAUAAUGUACAACACCCCUCAAGAGAUUUUCCUGGGAUCACUGUUCACCAUAUGUGGGAUUUUGUAUAUUGUGACAGAGCGCAACCCCACUAAGAAAACUGUAACCAUAUCGUUAGCUCUCAGCAUUGUGUCCAUACUUGCUGGUUUUUGGACUACUUUCAUCAUGCUGGUUAACGUCCAAAUGUAUAAAUUCGAUGUCGAAAGCAGCAACAAUACGUACAUUGAAAUGCUAUGGACAUCACGUGCAGACGUAAUGGGUCUGAUCAUCGAGGCAAUCUUUAUAUUUUACAUCUUUGUUGGUAUAAUCACCUUGAUCAUCACGUCAGUGCUAGCAGGGACUGCCCUCCGUUCAACAAAAACCGAGGCCAUUGUUGUGUUGACGGCAACGACAACUGAAACACCAGUUGAAUGAAAAGUGCAAGAGGAAGGGUCUGAAGUAUUGGAAAUCAAGCCGCAAGUUGAGACGUUGGUGUCUAUCUUAUUAUAUGUCUAAACAUUGCCCACCUCUGAAAUGUUGUAGUUGAGUACCAUGCAAGAUAAAUAAUCCAACUAAUGUGUGGUAUGAACAGUCAUGUGUCACCAUGUAACUGCCAGAAAUUAUAUUUGUCACCAGUGUUAUAAAAAUAAAAACACUAUACCAUACACACAGCAGAGGUAGCAAACUGCUACCUUUAGUGGUAGACUGGAGUCAACCUUUCUCCUCAUCUUAUUUGGACGUCAUCUGAUCCAGCCAAACUAAUGAUUGCAACAGUCAGUGGCAGACUUAGCUAUUUUGGGGCCCCAGGUGAACCUUUGUAAAGGGGCCCUCCUUCAAGUCCGUUGUAAUGUAACAGUACACCCUGAGAGUGAAAUAUUCUGUAGAGUUGCCACAAUUUUCAUACUGGAAUACUGUGAACCAGGCAGUAGCAAAUUGUUACUUUAAUAAGACACAACUACUCAUAAAACACUUAGGAAAAACCUUUGUUUUAUUAUUAUCAUAAAACUUAACACCACUAACUGUACAAACUAACGAUAGGGCAUAGGUAAACAAUAUAGUAAAAAUAUGUUAGAAUGUAAAUUAACAGAUUUGCAUAACUUUGUAUCACAAUUAUUUUAGUCAUAUUGCUAACUCUUAUGACACGGCAUAGUUGUUAGAACACUGUAGAAAAGUCAGUGUGUUUGAGAGAAUUGGUACUUGGAGGCAGAUGCUAACUGUGGCCCAUAGCCUGUGUGGGCAUGUAACCGAACUGGAUGAAGGCUGUCCAGGCAAGAGAGACAAUUGUAUAGGCUAUAAAAAGACAACAAUAGAAAGUUGUUUUGGAUGUAAAACUUAUUACAUUUUUUGUAUUUUCAAUUGACAUUAUUAUUUACAUAACAUAAAACUGAAGAGAGAGGGAAUAAAAUAAGUGGAACUGCUAUUAUGAAAUGUUCCUAAAUGUAAAAAUUAAAAUUAAAGUCAGACAAUAUGAUAAGAGUCAUGUAAACUCAUCUAUUUGUCCAAUGAUGGGAGGAACAUGAAUUAACACAGAAUUUCUGUAGAAAAUAAUUUCUAAACCUUUUAAACCCAUCCUUGUGACUGUACUGUAACAACCAUCAAUCAUACCUCAUCGUGUGAAUCCUCUUCCUUGUCCUGUUGUUCCUCGGCACUCACUUGUUCUUCCUUCAUCCAGUCCAGGUUUGUGUCCACACUUAAAAUGGACCAAUGCUCAGCAGCAUUUUUGUCAGCCGAAGCUACUGUAUGAAGUUUCAGUUUUUUCAUGGUUUUUCAGUUUUUCCGCUCCACUUUGACAAAUCCGCUUCGUCUUUCUCCUGUCUGAUACCACCUCAUGCUCAAGCAGACUGCACUUCCAAGAUUUUUUUAUGUGAUGAAAACUGAAUAGGCCAUUUUAGUAUGUCACGUUUUCUGUUAUUGUUUUGAUUGUAAAUUAUAAUCAUGUUAUCUCAAAGAUGCGUUAUGAAUACAUGGGUAUUGUCGUGGGGUUGGGUAAUCAGCGGGGCCCCUUACUGGUUGGGGUCCUGAGGCAGUGGCUUACCUUUGCCUGUAUGGUAGGUCUGUGCCUGGCAACGGUCAAAAUGUUUGGGCAAUGCCAGAACUCCAUACAGGAUAAACAAGAAUCAGAAAAAUUAAUAGUGCUCCUGUUUCCAGAUGGUUAAAGCUUAAUCUGUAAUUUACAAAUACUUGUUUUGUGCCUAGUUUUUAUUUGUGGUUUUUGCUCUCCUGUUUUAGUUACCAUAUUUGUUUUAAGAUUUUAUACCAUAUCUAUAAAAAUGCUCAAUCAACUAAACUGUUUUGGAAAAGAAAAGACAGUAUGUUCUUAUGUAUUUUACAUCCUGUUCUCUUCAAAAACCCCAAAUUAUAACUUGAUGCUUUCAGAAGUCACAAAAGAAGUUUGGGGAAUACCAUCUGUAUGCAGUGUAACCAUAACAUUGUUUUAGUAUGUGUAAAAAAAUAUAUAUGAAUGAAAUUUAAAGCAAAAAGAACUAUAAAUGGAGCACAUCUAAGAUACAUUUUAGGUUGAAUGAAUGAGUACUGUUUUGUACCAAUAAAGUCUUGAGAAAUACUUGUGUUAGCUUUCAAUGGACCUUAAACUUGAUGUUUAGCUCAGAAGUGGACAAGUUUAAGCAUGACUGUUUACGCUUAAUAUUAAAAUACAAACUGCAUAUUCAGGUAUUUGCAACCUGAUGCUUGAUGUGCUAAAUAAACACAUUGCCAUGUCAAA